AUGGGAGCAUAUGUAACAGCUGACCAAAAAUGUUGGACAGUUGAGGAUAUCAAAUCAGGAAAAGAUGGGUUUAUCAGUUGUGCAGAAAAAUAUAUCAUCGUGAGGGAUCUUGACACAUAUACAGAGUACAGAAGAGAAGAAUAUUCCUGUCUCAGAGGAUAUUCGGAAAUAAACCAGAUAUUAAACUGCACAGGGCUACGUAACAUCUGUGGUUCAAAAGAUGUAGACAUUUUAGGCAUCAUUAAAGAAUAUAUAGAAUAUUGCUGGAAUGUUGUGAGAGUUUGCAUCAUAUUUGACUGUAUUCCUGCACCUGUUAUGAACUUGAUGAAUAGAAAAGCUAGUCAUUAUUUGACAAAAGCCAAAGGAAGCUAUUUUCUAGCUGCUCAAUUUGCUGGAAUGUUGCGGUGUUCUUUUUAUGGAGAUGUUUCGCAAAUUACUGUUUUCAAAUUGGAUUUGUCAGAAAUUUCGGUUCGAAAUAAAAAUGGAUCGAGGAUUUGGGAAUAUCCAAACAAAUGUCGCUACUGUGAGGUAAUGUAUGACGAAUUUCUAUAUAUGUGUGGUGUAUUCACGUGUUCUAAAAAUGUUAGCCAAGUUGAAGCAAUAGAAAUAUCUAUUUACUCUGGAAAUUUGAGGAACAUUACCGUCAUUGUUGAAGGAGCAGUACAUUAUCAAUGUCGACAAAGUACCUAUGAGCACGAAACAAACGAACAAAUACGGAAAUUAAUGUCAACUUUAAAUGAUGUGAAAAAAUGUGGAUGGUUCUCUAAAGACUUUCUUCCCUGGACUACCACUCUUCUUUCAUCAGUAUUAUCUUUAUUCCUGACAGUCAUCUAUGUCAUUAAGUUUUGUUCUUGGGGAAAGUUUAAGGACACCCCUUCAAAGGCAAUACGCUCUAGCAACCAAGGCCGUUCUAAAAUACACAGAAAUGUAACGGACAAUAACUAUGAGACUCCCCAUCAGUACACGGAGAUACAGGUGUAG